AUGCCGACGACGUCUUUUUUACCUCCUGUUUGCGUCUCGAACUUUCUACAGACAAAACAUGUUCAAGCUUAUCAUGGUAGAUUGACUACCAUCCCAAAGAUCGACGGCCUGCAGCAGGUGGGAGAGAGGGAGAGCAUUUCUCUUGCGAUUGCAAACACGGUGGCGAAUCUUUACAAAGUGCAAAGCCGCGAAGACUAUGCACACUAUGUGAAGAAUAUAGCUCCUAUCAUGUUCAGCAAAGUCCUCAGGCAUGUCGCAGAGAACGAACCAAUCCGUCUCGUUGUUCUAGCGUCUCAACUAUCACAAUAUGAGGGCGUCCCUCGAGGCAGAAAAUUCGAGCCGGAAUCCAACCUAGCCCGAUUCGAUGAACUCUGCAAGCAUAUAUCCACGAUCUACAGCCCUGGCGCUCGAGUCGAUGUGGUCAUGGACGGGCUCAUUCACAACGGUCUCUUCGGAGUCGGAGACGUCGAAGAGUGGGAGUCUAUCAGGGCAAUGGAAGAAGCUGCAGCUAAGAGGCACUCUGGAACUCUCAAAAUUCUCCCAAUCUGGAAUUUAUUGGAGGACGAGCACGACGAUAUCCCGCUGCCUCUGGAAGAGGCUAGGUUCUAUUUCUUACACCAUGCACAGCUGCUAAAAGACCACCUCAUAUCAAGGUUCGGCAAUCCAAACAACAAUUCUAUCACGAUUCCUCCAACAUUCAAGGCAAUAUACGUCAGCGAACAGUAUUCCAAAUUGCGUGGUGGAGAGAACAAGAACACUGCGGCCAAGGUCGCACUACAUGUAGAUACAUGA